AUGCAUUUCACCGCUUCGACUACACUCCCCCUUCUCGCUGCUGUUGUCGUCGGGACUUCGAACGUCCUUGCGAACAACAUCCCGGAAUCUGACUCUCUCUACGCCCGGGAGAUCGAAACGGAGCUCGAGGCUCGUGAGCUAGUGAGCUUCCCUUCCCUCGUCUUUGUUGCCCGCAGCACUCAUCCAAAGUACCAUCAGCUGAACUACAUCCGCGAGCUCGAAUUGGCCGAGCUCGACGCACGCUUCCUCGAAGACUUCACCGAGCGCGAGAUGCAAGACCUCGUCGAACUCGAAUCGCGCCGUCGUCGACACCGCAAACACCGUAAGAACCGCAAGCACCGUAAAGGCGGCAAGAGGGGUGGCGCUGCUGCUGCCCCCGCCGCCCCCGCCGCCGAGGCUGCGUCUCCCGAAGCUGCAGGUGCUGCCGGCCCAGCGGAGGCUGCUGCCUCUGCUGAAGCCCCAGCCGGUGGAGAGGCGGCAGCUCCCACUGCCCGAGGACUCGAGGAUAUGGACGAGCUCGAGGCGCGGCAUGGUGGGAGACGUUCCGGCCUCCGUCGUGGCCGUGGACGUGGACGAGGAAAGUUCGGGCGUCUUGGAAGGAAGUUCGGCAAUCGCAGGGGCGGACGCCGGGGUGGACGAAAGGGACCCGGUGCCGCCGGAGCCGCUGGCGCGGGCGCAGGUGCUGCAGCUGGUGCCAGUACUGCUGGCGCGGGCGCUCCCGAGGCCGGCCCCGCCGCUGGUCCUGCCCCCGAAGCGGCAGCAGGUGGUGCAGCACCCGCUGAGGCCGGUGCCGCAGCUGAGGCUGAGGCUGGUUCACCCGCCGGCGCUCAAGCGGAAGCUGCUGCUGCCCCGGCCGCACGAGGAUUCGACGACGUCGAGGAACUCGAGGCGCGCAGGAGGCGUCGGGGCGGUCGCAGGCAGAGGAAGAACAGGAAGAACCGCCAGCACGCUGCAGCCGGUGCUGGUGCUACACAGGGUGGCGAGGCUGCUGGCGCCGCUGCUGGAGGUGCCGAGGGAGGAGCCUCAUCACCUGCCGAGCAACCUACUGCUGCUGAGCCUGCCGCGAGGGAGGUUCUGAACGAACGCGAGCUCUUUUAUCUCAAUGAAGCGCUGGAAGCGAGAGAAUAUAGCUACUAA